UCUAUCACGCUACCGGCGACGCCCGCACGGCUACCCCCCACCCCCCACCAACGCUGCCGUCGAGACAGUUUUAUUUAUUUAUCUAUUUUUUUCCCUUCCCACCCAUGUGGAAGAAAUGUAUAGGGACGGGUGACGUCGCGCGUGCACCCAAGUGUGUGCGUGGGCGUGGAGCAAAGUGUCAGCGUGCGGCGCGAGAGGAGGACAAUCCCUGCGCUGGGUCCAGUCUGUAGUCAGAGGAUAAUAUCAGCGGCGGAAACACAACUUCAGCCGCUGUGUUAACUGCUGGAACAUGUGUGUCCGAGGACUGAAGUUGUAAACCGGCGCUGUUUGCAGUUUAGCUGACAUCUUUGAAGUGCUGGAGGUGAGUUAACACAGCUCUGACAGACAGAAACACAGCCUCCCUUCCUGGAUGUGAAGCAAAAUCAAGCAGCGACAGUUCACCAUCACAGGACCUCCAUUUCAGAAACUCUCAGCAACCUCCAGCAAUGAUGUAGACUUGACAACACCACGAUGAUGAUGCUCACAGGGAGGAGGAGAAGCAACUGACUCUCUCCUCCUUUUUGCCACACCUGGCUCUCUAUGUCCGUCGCUAUUGGGCGGCGGGAGUGCUAUGUCAUCAACCACACCGCCUGCGGCCCCACCCUUUAAGAAGGGAAGGAAGCCGGAGAAAGCUGAGUUGAUGGCUGACGCGGUGCAGGCCACCAACGAGGAGCUGCGGAGCAAGCUCAUGGACAUCCAGAUGGAGAUGCAGCAGGAGCGGGGCAAGGUAUGUAAGCUCCGUGAGCGGCUCCAGGAGCAGCGGCAGGCUCGAGAGCUUGAGCAGCACAAACACGCUGUAGCGCUCACUGACCUGCGUGCCAAAUUCCACGAAGAAAAGCUACGUGACAUAGCGGCCGUCCGUGAGGGGCUGGCGCGGCAGCAUGAAGUCGAGCUGGCCCGGGCCAUCAAGAUCCGGGAUACUGAGGUGCAGAGGCUCCAGGGGCUUGUAAACGCACUGAGAGAUGGAGCUGCUGACAAGCUCAAAAAUGCUCUUCUCGGAGAGGCUCGGGAGGAGGCCAGGAGAGCUUUUGAUGGGGAGAGGCUAAAGCUACAGCAAGAGAUCCAGGAGCAGAAAACGGCCAGGAAGCAGGCUGAGGAGGCACUUGGAAAUGCUCUGCAGGCUGAUAAAGCCAAAGCAGCAGAUCUCCGCACAGCCUACCAACAGCACCAGGAUGAGGUGCACCGCAUCAAACGGGACUGUGAGAGAGACAUCCGCAGAGUGAUGGAUGAGUUGAAGGCGAAGGACCGGGUGGUGUGUGCCCUGGAGAGGGAGCUGGGUCUGCAGGCCGGCUACGCCCAGAAGCUUCAGCUUCAGAAGGACGCCCUGGAUGAGCAGCUGGGCCAGGUACGAGAGGCUGAGAGAUACAACCACGGCAGCCCCAAGAGAGAGGUGGUGCCUGGCCUGGGGGACAACUCGGACCUUCUCAACAACCAGGAGGUGGAGGAGCGUGACAUGAGGAGGUUCCAGCUGAAGAUCGCGGAGCUUCACUCGGUCAUCAGAAAGCUGGAGGACAGAAAUGCACUGCUGGCCGACGAGAGGAAUGAACUAGUGAGGAACACACAUGCAGAAUUGAAGCGGGUGCGAGAGGCAGAGAGCCAAAUGAAGCCCGUGUUUGAGAAGAACAAGCGGCUGUCCAAGAAGAAUGACGACCUCCUGCAAACGCUACAACGCAUGGAAGAGAAACUGAAGAGCCUGAGCCGCGAGAACGCUGAGAUGAAGGAAAAAGCCUCCACCUCUCGUCCACCCCCACAGCAACAAUCCAUUCAGCCCCCGUUAAGGAGGCCAAGUUCCCUGACAGACCUGAGCCACGCUCAUGAGGAACAGGAAGUGGAGUUCCUCAGGAUGCAGGUUUCUGAGCAACGUGGCAUCAUUGACGAGCUCACGCAGGAACGUGACCGGCUGGUGAUGAACAAAAAGAACCGGAGGAAACCUCUCAAAAUGCGCACAAGGCAUGUUGUGGAGACAUAUUUUGGAUUUGAUGAAGAAUCGAUAGACUCUGAGACGUCCUCUCUGACCUCCUUUAACACUGACCUCACUGACCGCACGCCUGCAACUCCAGAGGAGGAUUUGGAAGAGAGCGUUUCCCGUGAAGAGUCAGAGCUUCGUUUCCGUCAGUUGACCAGAGAGUACCAGGCUCUCCAGCGUGCCUACGCUCUUCUCCAAGAGCAGACGGGGGGCUCUCUGGAUGCUGAGAGGGAAGCCAGGACACGUGAGCAGCUGCAUGCGGAGCUCAGCAGCUGCCAGGCCAAGAUCGUCGACCUGGAGAAGGCCCUGUCGGAGAGGGGGCAGGAUUCAAAGUGGGUGGAGGAGAAGCAGUACUUGCUCAGGACCAACCAGGAACUUCAUGAGAAGAUGAGUGCGUUGCAGCAGGCUGAGUCGCGGCUGCAGGCUGAGGUUCAGGACGCUCGGGAUCAGAAUGAGCUGUUGGAAUUCCGGGUGCUGGAACUGGAAGUAAGAGACUGUACCAACGUCAAACUGUCACCAGGAGGCGACAACAACAAUCUCAGUUCAAGACACAAGACCUACAUACAGUGAUUCCCCAGACAGACAUACAUACUGUUCACUUACACACACUUGAGUUCUCCUCUGUAUGCAUCCGUAUUUUGCAUGGCAGCUGUGUGCAUACCCCCUCCUCUGAACUGGAAUGUUUUUUUAAAUGACAGAAUGUUGUGUUAAGAUGAAUAUAAUUUUACAUUGAAUAAAAAUGUAUUUAAAUUAA